AUGGAGGCGUCGGGAGCAGACAAAGGCUUCUUUCAGAAGCCCCCCGUUUUGCAGAAUCAGUUUCAUGAUGAUGCGACCUACCAGAGAUGCUUUAAACUCUUUCUUCCGCAGCACAUCGUGCGCCAGGUCGAGGCUGAAGUAGCGGCCCUGGCAGACGAGGUCCUCUCUGACCAAGUCUUUGCCUGGAUCACUGAUGCCGAAUUAAACAAGCCUUAUCUCAAAGGUUCUGGACGUGAUGUAUUUGGUCAGUGGAAAGGUGAUCUAGUCACGGGUGAGGGAUGGCGCGGCCUUCAGAAUUUUGGCCUGUCUCAUGGCUUCGUCGCCGCUGGAUAUGAUACUCCUUACGGUCCCUUCUCUAGAGCAUACCAGUUCCUCCGUCUUCAGCUCUGGACGGCAUCCUGCGCAAACGUCACUUGUCCAUCAGCGAUGCAGGAUGGCGCCGCCCGGCUUCUUCAAACACACUUGCGCACACCGGAACUGAGAGCAAAGCUCACGGAAGAACAGACGAAAGUCCUCGAGAACGCCUUCAGUCACUUGACCUCACGAGAUCCAGCUUACGCCUGGACUAGUGGCCAGUGGAUGACUGAGCGUACAGGUGGUAGCGACGUAUCCUUGACCGAAACCACGGCAGUUUACGAGCCUACUCAAAAGGUUCAGUUAGCUUCAAAGACAGAAGAUAUCCCUCUUGGUCCCUGGAGCAUCAACGGAUUCAAGUGGUUCUCUUCAGCUACGGAUUCGAGAAUGACAGUCCUCCUCGCCCGCACAGCCAAGGGCGGACUCUCAACAUUCCUUGCUCCCAUGAGGAAGCAUGACCCUCAAGCAACCACAUCCACAGGCCGUUCCAUAGAAAAUGGCGAAGCCCUCAAUGGUGUCCGUAUUCAGCGCCUCAAGAAUAAGUCCGGCACACAGUCUCUCCCUACUGCCGAAUUGGUCCUUGAGGACAUGCGGGGAUGGCUCAUCGGCCAGGAGGGCCGUGGUAUUCACGAGAUCUCUACCGUUUUGACUCUCACCAGAGUCCAUUCCUCGGUCGCUGCCAUGAGCUAUGUAGGACGAGGCCUGGGUAUCGCGAGGGCAUACGCACGAGUUCGAGAGAUUGGUGCUGGAAAGGGCGCUCGUAUGAAGCUGAUCGAGAGCUCGCUGCACAUGAGGACCUUGGCCAAGAUGACAUCCGAGUACCGAGGUCUCAUGCUCCUGACGAUGCUUACGGCCCAUGUCCUGGGUGUUUCAGAGCACCCCGUCGACUCGAGCCUGUCACCCGCUCUUGCAGCCUUGACACCGUCGGCCAAAGACGCAGCACCCCUGAUCCGGGUCCUCACCCAGCUGACAAAGGCCUACGUCUGCAAAGCUUCGGUUCAGUUGCUCUUCUCCUGCAUGGAGUCACUCGGAGGCGUUGGAUAUCUCCUCAACGAGGAGCAAGAGUACCUCAACGUCGCCCGCCUCCACCGUGAUUGUGCCGUCCUGCCCAUCUGGGAGGGGACGACUGACGUCUUGAGCACCGACUUUCUCCGCGCGCUGAAGCAUCCCAAGGGCGGCAGAGAUGCCCUAGAUGCCCUUGAAGCUUUCAUCAAGAAUGGCUUUGACUUCCAGGCCAAGACGCCGAGGCCUGCUGGAUGGAAUCCGCUGAAAGCUUGGCGAGAAUUGAGAAGCCUCAUCGAACGCGAGUCUUUGAAAGAUCUGAUGGGAGACGCCAGAGAAGUCCUCUGGGCCGUUGCGGAUCUACUCGUGUCGGUGCUGCUAUACGUUGACUCGACCAGUGACGGAGACGAGGUUUCGCUUGACAUCUUUUAUCGCUUCUUGGAAAACAGAUCCAUCAUCGAGAAGCGUGCAAAGGCCUCACCUACUGAGCAGCUUGCGCGAGACAUCAGCAUUGUCUACGGAGGGACAGCGAAGGACAUCUCUCCGAAACUCUGA